UUUUAGUACCCCAAAUCAGCACAUCUCUUCUUAUAUAUCUUCCUAUAACAACUCCCCUCCCUCCCUCCCUCAAAGACUUCUCUCUUUAUCAUCUCAUCUCCUUUACUAUCAAUACUACUGCUUAUCCCAAUAUCUUUUGAAGUAUUUUACUUGAUUUUAAACUUUCGAGUCAGAGGUUCUUCAUCGAAGAGAAAUGGGUGUUCUUGAUAACCUUUCAAACUUUUGCACUGUUACAAGCACCAGAAAGAGCAAACGCAAACCAAUGCAGACAGUGGAGAUCAAAGUGAAAAUGGACUGUGAUGGCUGUGAAAGGAGAGUUAAGAAUUCUGUUUCUCAUAUGAAAGGAGUGAGAUCAGUUGAUAUAAAAAGAAAGCAAAGCAAAGUGACUGUUUCAGGAUAUGUAGAGCCGAAUAAGGUGUUAAAAAAGGUACAGAGCACGGGAAAGAAAGCGGAGUUCUGGCCGUACAUCCCUUACAAUCUAGUUGCAUAUCCUUAUGUAGCUCAAGCUUACGAUAAGAAAGCACCAUCUGGUUAUGUGAAGAACGUGGUUCAAGCACUUCCUAGUCCAAACAAUCCCGACGAAAAAUUGACGACCCUCUUCAGCGAUGAAAAUCCUAAUGCAUGUUCCAUCAUGUAAUUAAUUAAGUGUGCGUCAAAUGUAGUACUAGUUCCCGAGCUGGUUGUCCCGUCUAUCUAAUUAAUUAGUUAUAAAUGUACCAGGUUUGCCUGUUUUAGUCAUUUCUGUGGACUUAUGUAGAGACCAAGAUGAGUAGUUUAUGAGAUAAAUUUUCAAAAAUGGUAAGAAAAAACGCGCCCCUGGCUAGCUAGUGGUGACGUGACAUGUUUCUAAUUGUUCAUUUUAGUAGAUUCUUAGUCGUUCA